UAAAAGCCGGUGACGGCGCGACCCGCGGACACACGGUGCAGGCGCCCGACAGCCGCCGCUACACUGGCGCCAACUCCUGUCCUGCCCGGACCAGCGCGCAACCAUGUCCCAUCACUGGGGAUACGGCCAGCACAACGGACCCGAGCACUGGCAUAAGGACUUCCCCAUUGCCAAGGGACAGCGCCAGUCCCCUGUUGACAUCAACACCAAAGCGGCUGUUCAUGACGCUGCCCUGAAGCCUCUGGCUGUUCACUACGAGCAAGCGACCUCUCGGAGAAUUGUCAACAACGGCCACUCUUUCAACGUGGAGUUUGAUGACUCCCAGGACAAAGCAGUGCUGCAAGGAGGACCCCUCACUGGCACUUACAGGCUGAUCCAGUUUCACUUUCACUGGGGCUCGUCUGAUGGACAAGGUUCUGAGCAUACUGUGGACAAAAAGAAGUAUGCUGCGGAGCUUCACUUGGUUCAUUGGAACACCAAAUACGGGGAUUUUAGAAAAGCUGUGCAGCAACCUGAUGGACUGGCUGUUGUGGGUGUUUUUUUGCAGGUUGGUGGUGCUAAACCAGGCCUACAGAAAGUCCUUGAUGUGCUGGAUUCCAUUAAAACAAAGGACAAGAGCGCAGACUUCACUAACUUUGAUCCUCGUGGCCUCCUCCCUGAAAGCUUGGACUACUGGACCUACCCAGGCUCCCUCACCACCCCUCCUCUUCUGGAAUGCGUGACCUGGAUUGUGCUCAGGGAGCCCAUCAGCGUUAGCAGCGAGCAGCUGUUGAAAUUCCGUAGUCUUAAUUUCAACGCGGAGGGCAAACCUGAAGAACCAAUGGUGGACAACUGGCGCCCGGCUCAGCCGCUGAACAACAGACAGAUCAGAGCAUCCUUCAAGUAGGAUGGUCCCACAGCAGGGGCCACUUGAUGAAUCUCUGGGUUUUCCUUUAGCUGAACACAAAUCUCCCUUGGUGACUUUGGGCCUGCCUGCUUUGCAUCUGGUGUUCUGGACCCUUCAUCUCUCACCUGAUGUGCUUACUGAUAAAAUGUGAAGCGCUAGACCAAUUGUUGUGCUUGACAGAAUUGCCACGACCAGCGCUCUGCUCCCCGUAGUAGCCUUUUUGUAGCAGAGAAUAUGCUGUAAGGAACAGUGUCCGCAGCGUGUGGGGGGUGAGACCCACGCUCCGUCACUGAAAGGCUAUUUUUAAAAUAUAGGAAAGUAGAAUGCUUGAGUGCAAAUCUAGGUCGUGAGAGAAAUUGAGCCAUGUAAUGUAAAUCAGGUCAAAUAGUCAUGAUUCUGUGUAAUGUAAAUCAGAUAAAAUAGACGUUCAUGAUUCCAAGAUGUUAUAUUAGAGAAAAAUUUUAAAAGUCUUAUAUAUUUGUAGCCAUAUUAUCUUAACUAUGAAUUAGGUUGUAAUUUAGUGACUUUUGAAUUACAGAGAUGUAAAUGAAGUAUUAUCUGUAAAAAUUGUUAUAAUUAUAGUUGUGAUACAGAGUAUAUUUCCAUUCAGAUAAUAUAUCGUAACUUAAUAAAUUGUAUUUUAGAUAUAUUCUCUAAUAAAAUCCAGAAUUCUAA